AUGAAUUCGCUUACUUCGAGCCGAGUGUGGUGCACUGCAGGCCCGGUUGUUCAUCGGGGUGAGAUGUGUCCAGUCGAUCAUGUCCAGGAAGAACUCCUUCAUCGUCUUUGGGAACAGGCAAGACUGGAGAAUGAAUCGAAACCGCCACAAAGAUUCUGGUACCUUAGUCUGAUUGCUUGCUACCGCAAUCUGACCACCUGCGAGUGGGAGACUUCGGCGCUACCUCGACCCGACAGUGACCUCUCAAAGAGUGACUGCGGCGAUCCCUUGAGACCCUGCGUACCAAUGCGCAUGCGUUAUGACAUCUGGAUGGUGAAUGGGAUACCACGUCUACGUGACUACUACCGAUUUGAGCACCAGUUCUCCUUUGAGUACCACGAUAUCUUCGAGAUCUAUCUCACAUUCGGUGUCCUCUACCUCUUCCUUGGUGUCAUCCUACAUAUCAAGUACAAGGGAGAGUACGAGCCGUUAGCGUGUCUCCUCUUCACGCACAUCUGGCUGUCUUUUGGAGCAGCGACACUGCGAGCUAUCCACUUUUCAACCUUCUCAUUUGAUGGCGUCGGAGCACCCGCCCUCCUUUUCAUCGGUGAUGUGGUCGCUCUCUCCGCUGAGUCUCUCCUUCUCAUUCUCAUCCUCACCACCGCUGAAGUCGGCUUUCCCAUCCUCCCUGCUGAGCUCUCUCACUUUGAGCAGAAGGUUCGUCAAUACCGGAAACGUCAGUACCGCCGAGUACUUACUGCUGGUGUGGUCCCCUCGUCUGCGUCCAGUUCCCGCGAAAGCGAUUCCACUGCACCGAAUGGUGGAGGACGCUCCCGCUGUAAGGAUAUUGUCCUGCCCCCUACUGCAGCUACGUGGUCAGUGGCGCUGUGUCGCUCCGAGUCGGCAGCAGCAGCGGCGAAGAUGGCGACUAUGGUAACGACCCCUUCGGUGAUCUCUCUCACCUACACCACUCUUGGUGAGGAGGCGGAGGAGGCCUCACGCCCCUUGUCCGUGUGCAUUGGCCUCUGUAAGUGUACUCAACGAAGUCUGCGCACCUGCAUCUACCUUGGCUUAAUGAUCGCCCUUAUCAUCUCCAUCGAAUUGGCGCUCUACAUUUGGGCUCGGUUUGACCAGGACCCCGUGUUGGACAUUUCGGUGUGGAACACGACGCCAGGUCGCUUGUUAGUGGCGAUGCGUCUAGUGGUAGUCUUCUGGUUUCUCGCCAUCCUUCGACGUCGGCGCACCUUCUCCAAUCUGUCAGAGGUGGUCGAACCGUUGCACUUUGCGGCGGCCUACCUCCUUUGGCUCCUCGCUCUCCCCAUUGUCGUCUUCGUCGCACAUACCAGUGUUUCGCCUCUCUGGCGUCACAAAACCAUUAUCGGAGUGAUGCUCCUCUCCGAUUUCCUUGCUUCUAUUCUCUACGCUCAAUUAAUCAACCGAGCCAAGUGA